UAAUUGUUGACCUGUACGAAAAACAAAUUCUUGUGUUUUAUGAACGUCGCCAUUUCUAUCCAAAUGGCCGAGUGUUGAACGUGAACGUAGCAAAGUGCAUCUACAUCCCGUGCGCGUGAAAUAUGUUUAUCAAAACGACAUUGGGCGUUGGCUUGACUGUCUUAUGUCUGGCCAUCAAUGCACAAUCGUCUUUCACCAAACUUGGCAAGCAAGGUUAUGAAAAUGUAGUAGUGCGUAUUAGCGACGACGUUCCCAGCACCAACUGCGUCCAAAUUAUCGAUAGGAUUCAGGUGAUGAUGCAAGAUGCUUCCAACGCCAUGUGUAAAGCUCUAGACAAUCGGGCAUACCUGGGGAAUGUCACUAUAAUGGUGCCAUUACAUUGGACGGCCGAUGGAAAUUGUGUGGUGGACUCUUCCAUUACGUGGCCGAGGAUUCACAAAGCGGAUUUUAUUGUGGGUCAAGAUCAUCCCGUCUACGGGAGCCGGCCAUUCAGUUUGCAGUACGGUGGAUGUGGGGUCAGUUCGUUGGCUGUCCAUCUACCACUCAAUUUUCUUAACGAAGUAUCUGCUAAAGGUGUUGCAAUUGCGCACGAAUGGUUCCACUAUCGUUAUGGAGCCUAUGACGAGGUUGGAAUCAAUGGCGAUUCUUUAUAUCCGAACGGCUAUCAAAUAACACAGACGGUAGCUUCCAUCUUGCCGACCAGUUGUACAAAUGUUCCUUUAAAAGGCGAAUGGCUUGGAAACGAAUGGCAGAACAGCUACGACAAUAAUAACGUCACGUCUUCCAUCAUGUUUAGCACGGAAUUACCAAACAUCAAUCGUUUGUGCACCAAAGACGACCACCUGAAAGCGCCUCCAACUAAACAGAAUUGGCUUUGUGGGGGUCGCAGCGUUUCUGAAAUUGUCUACAGCCAUUACGAUUUUAUCAACCAUACUCAACCAACGACUUGCAAUCAAACACGGUUCAGUGUAGCCACCGUUACCCAUCGCGGUUAUCACAUCGUUUUGGACGUUUCUUCUGGAAUGGCGGUCAAUAAUCUUAUGGAAGAUGCCAAGUUUGCUGUCUCGCAUUUCAUCUGGUUCUUGCCCGAUGGUUUAACCGUUUCCGUCGACACGUUUAGCGAUAGCUAUUCACAGGUGCAAACGCCGAUUGUGCUCAACAUGACGAACAAAAACUUGCUGCUGGCUCAUCUAGAUGACAUACAAGUAACCAGUGGCAGUACAGCAGCACUGGGUCUCGCUCUCGAUAACGCAGUUCGGAUGUCCCGCCAUCAAGGAAUGGAAAUUAUAAUUGUAACAAGUGCACAGCAAGUACCUUCGAAUUUCAGCGUUUAUGUCGAAGAAUUUCGGCGUAAUUUGAUUGCGCCACACAUUCUGGCGCUGAGCGUUCAAACGUCUAAAUUGUUUUCGGCGUUGGCGCGGGACGGUUGGCUCUACUCGAUUCCUACAUGGACUAAACCGUCAAUGGUACCGGGAACGAAAUACUGGAACCCCCAAACGUGGAUGAUUGAUAUAAUGCAAUCCGUCUACAGCAGAACGCGUUCCUACCGAGCAAAGAUUGAGGAACGAACGGUCCUGCUUUCUGAAUGGACUAACGGCACCUUCCAACUCGAUUCACCUGCAACGAAUUUGAUGUUCUCAUUUUAUCCUCUCGGAGGUGGGUUUUCUAUGAAUUUCCAAACAGGAUCUCUCGUCAGCCCUCUAAACGAAGAGUGUACCAUUCUGCACAUCAAUGAAAACUUGUACCCGGCAGAUUGUGAAAUCACCACCUUCGAGAGCGGGACGUGGUCCUACUUUAUCAAAGUCAAGGGGUCAAGUACAGUUCGGAUGGACGUUUGGUUCGAGGCUAAUUCCAUCAGUCCUAUCAAAGUCGAGAGCUGGACCAACUCAUUCCAGAAUCAACCGAUUAACUGGGCAAAUGAACGCGUAAUUGUCUACGCUUUAGUGACAGAACAGCAUAGAGCUGUUAGCGGUUUGAGUCCUGUAGUUCAUUUAAUCGGUGACAACGCAACAGACGCAAUCAUCAGCGUUACUCUGAACGAAAACAAUCCGUCUGACGUGAUCAAAGGCGAUGGAAUCUAUUCUGCCCAGCUGAUUAAUUUACCUCGUUAUUCAACCCACUUUUCUUAUGUUCUCGAGAUCCUCGGUGGCACUGGGACUGUUGACACUGGCAUUUUCGAUGGACAUCCGUCGGCAGGUAGUUUGAUUCCGUCCAGUCAACCUACACCUCGUUCGACUAGUUUUAAUCGCUACGUUUACGGAGGCAGUUUUCAAUUGACACAACCUUAUGACGGUCGUGAUGUCUUGCCUCCUGGACGAAUCACGAACUUGGCUAUCCUUAAUUUUAAUUCAAACAACGCAACAGUGGAGUUGAAAUGGACUGGCCCAAAAGACGAUUACGAUGCAUCAUCUUCUUAUUAUAUCAAAUGGUUUACAAUUACUGGAGAAGAAGGUGGAACUCCCGGUGUAGAAAUAAGUUAUUUUAACGGGACCAUCCAACCUUUACCGGGAUCUCUUGAUAAAAUGACGUACACGGUUGAUGUUCCCAAAUCGAACAAGAGCCAGAACGUUUAUUAUCGCGUUUAUGGAUUGGAUACCGUUGGCAAUAAAGGCCAAGCAUCCAACAUAGCCACGGUUUACGUUCCAGCCACUAUCUUUCCAAUCGAUCCAGAAGAUGUAACGCAAUUACCUCCAGCAUUGUUUUGGUUUUUAAUCGGUUUGGCUUGCGUGUGUCUGCUCCUUCUCGUAGCCAUCGCCAUUGCUUUCGUCCGUCGUCUACUAGACGCUAGAAAGAGGAAAGCGAUGGCUGCUGAUUGGGUUCAAAUUGGAGAAACGACGUUAGAUCUCAGACCUCCGAAUGGCAAAGAAGCAACGAGAAAGAGCGAGCCAGAAGUGCCGGAUUUUCACGCAAAUUCAACUCCGUCCCCACGACGAUUGAGCGACGAUUUUUCAACCAGAUGGUCUGAUAAUAGUUACUCAGCUGGAUCGGACAUUUAUCAACAACCUGAAAGGAUUUUCACGACCGCAAGAAUCGAAACCCCGGCAUAUUCGGGAGUUCAUGAGCGUCCACCUAUUCGACCAGGUCUUCCUACUUACAGUUUUGGUGACAAUAGGGCUAGCAAUGCAUCACCACCAAUGAGUGUUACCCCAAGUCCUAAGAAAAUUCCUCCUCCACCUCCGCAACGUAAGUUCUUUCCGUAUCCGCCUGACAAGAGCAACAGCGAGAACAGGACGAAGAAGACGUUGCGAUUUGGAGAUAACGACGAAACACCAUUAGCAUCUUCUCCAUCUUACCUCGCAUCUCAAUUGACAAAGGACAAUCUUUCCUAUCGGGGAGAUGGACAGAUGCCCAAGUCUUAUUCUGAGCAAACAUUAACAAGCGCAAGCAACUCAUCCUUAAGUAAAUUUGGAAUUAUCCUUGGAGCUGACAGCGAGGCUUCACUCGUUUAGCCUUUUUAUGAAACGUGAUACAUUUUAAGUUUAUUCCUGUAUAGCAAAUUGGCGAUAAACGAUGGCAAAUUGAAUAAAGAAUUGUUAAUUGA